AGAGGGAAGAGCAGAGCAGCACGUCAGCGCUUGCGAGGGGCCAGUGAGCAGGCGGAGCGAGUGGAGUUGGCUUCUCCGAGCAGAAGCAAAGCGGCGGAGGCGGCGCGGAAGCUGCGCAAAGACUCGCCCGUCUGCCCGGAUCAUGCAAAAUGGCAAAUCCUGAACUUGAUCCAGAUAUUUUCAAUCACGUCACUUUAUAUGGGGCUUAUGUCAGACCGUGUUGUGAAUUGGUUCGUGCAAAAUUUGGAAGCUGUUCUUCAGUGAAAUAUAGACCAGGUGAAAUCUGUAAAAUAUGGUGUAGUAAACCAGUUUCUGAGCUGCACAAAUAUUGUGACAUGAUCAAAAUAUACACCUUUUGGCCAUUUUUAUUUGCGCCUGGAUGUAAACACACAAAGAAAUGUCUUGAUUCCAGUGAUUGUGAAGUGGGUGAGCUCAAUCUGGAGAGACUAUAUGAAAUUGAGACAUUAGAAGAUGUUACUGAUAUAGCCAAAAAGUUUGCGGAUGUUCCACGUUUUAUCAAUGGCAUAUUGAAAAUUGGAGCUGAAAUAGACAAUAGAAUCUUCAAUAUUUAUGAUGCUCUUGACUGGAUAAAAUAUGCUGAUGACAUCGGUAUUUUACAGAAAUUAGAAAAGCUUGGAAAUUAUUGUUGGCCUUUCCUAGAAGUUUUCUUUGCUGAAUACAAGCAUCUUAUAAGCAAAAUUAUAUUGGAGGACUACAACUUAAUAGAAGCAUUUGAGUCUCAAAACUGUGACAGUUGUAUGAAGAAAAGUGAUAUCAUGAAAAAUUGGGGCAAUGAAGCAUUUGCUAAAGAGCAAUUUGAUAUCGCUGCCGCUUCCUAUACAAAAGCUAUAGAAUUAUGGCCUGAAAAUCACAUUCUUUAUGGCAACCGGGCCCUCUGUUUUAUCCGAACUGGACAAUAUAAGAAAGCCCUCUGUGAUGGGAAGAGAGCCAUAAUUUUGAAGCCCAACUGGCCAAAGGGACACUAUCGAUUCUGUGAUUCACUCUAUCUCUUGGGGGAGCACAAAAAAGCACUAGAAGCCAAUGAGAAAGGUCAAGAGCUGUGCAGAAAUAAUCCUGAAGGAAUUAAGGAUCUUCUACAGCAACAUGAGAAAUUUAAAAAGCAAAUUGAUGGUGUGAAACAAAAUAAACACAGAAUAAAGAAGGCAGUAGUUCAGAAAAAUUCUUCAGAAUCUCCUUCAGUCAGUGCCCAGGAAUCAAAGAAGUCUGACAAUGAAAAGAAAACGCAGCCCGACAGCAAUCUUGGUAAACAGAAGCAUACAAAGGUAGCUGCUAAUACCUUAACUAAAGAAAACAAAGAUCGUCUUUCAGAUAUUUCAUCAGGGCUGAGGGAAAAUCCAGGAAAAUCCAGGAGCAAAAUGAGUGACUUUGAAAAGACAAGAGAUGAGCUGAAUUCAAAAACUGAUUCUCAAAAAUGUCUGGACAAACAGAAAGCUCCCUUUAGUGCUGUGCAACAGGGGAAUAUAAUACUGUCAUUAGAAACAUUGAAGAGUUCUGUAGAAGAUGGGUGUAUAUCUUUGAUGGAUCAACGCUUUCACAAUGCUGAACAAUCCUUUGCACGAUUGUUAAAUAUUCUAGAUCCAUCCAACCUACAGCCAUUGAACCUUGCGGUUGUUGAUUAUGUUGUCAUCCUCUAUGGCUAUGCUACUGCUCUCCUUGGAAUAGGGCAGCCUGAGGAACUAACCAAAGCUAAAGACCAUUUCAAUAACAUAAUUGAGAAGUAUGAGAAAGUGAGAUUUGAUUGCUUAGCACAUUAUGGAAUUGGAAAAGUAUAUUUGAGACAAAAUAGGUUUUCAGAAGCUCUGGACCAGUUUUUGAAAUCAAAGACCAUGGUUAGUCAUAAGAUUAUGCCUGGUGUAUUGACGUGGCCUACAACUUCCAUAGUUAUUGAAGAGACAAGAACAGAAAAAUUUCAAGUUAUAUUGCAAGAUCGCAUUGAAGAAUGCAGGUUUCCUCCAGCUCCACAUGCAGUUUGUCGCUACCAGCAGUGCCAAGCGCAGAAAAUAAAAAUCUAUUUUAGCGACCCAGAUUUCAAGGGUUUUAUACGUGUUACCUGCUGUGAACAAUGUAACGUGGAGUUUCAUGUAAGCUGUUGGAAGAAGUUGAAAGCAGCAAGAUAUACAGAUAAAACUGACAAGGACUUCCUUCGAGAGCUAUGUUUCACUCCAGAUUGUAGAGGUCUCAUUUUUAAUAUUGCUGUCUUCAGCUCCUCUGGUUUAAUCAAAUGUGAGUUUGAAGAUAAAAUAAAAAGCAAGAAUCCCCCAAGGCCCAUUGUUAAACAGGAAUGCACAAGUUCUAGGACCCUACAGAAAAAACAGGAGAGGAAAUUGAAGAGGAAAUUAAUGAAAGAAGACACUUUGCUGUCACUAGGGAACUUUGCAGAAGUACUUCACACAGCAGACUCUAUAUCAAAUGAUGAUAGUGAUAAAGGGAGUGGUGGUGGUCUUGUUCACAAGAAUUAUUUUGCUGGGGAUAGAGUCCUGCAGCUUAUUAUGCAGAAUUUUGAGAAAAUACGGAGAGGUGUACAUGAUGGCUUCAAACUUCUUAAUGAACUGUUUUCGUGGUGGGUAAUUGGCGAAGCGGAGCACACACUGUUUUCAACAAACUGUGUCACCUCAGUUGAAGUAAUGGAUCAGAUUGUAAGCUCCGUCAUUGACAAAAAUAAUAGAGUGGCAACAAGAAUUUUUGUUCAUGUUUUAAGUGAGCUUGAAGAAGUGGAUCCUAAACUACACGACUUAAUGAAACAGCUUGAUAGUAAUGGUUUAAAAGCUACAAAACAAUUUUUCGCCAAGUAUGGAACAUACAUCUUACAGCUUGAUCUUGACUUCAUAGCAGUGCUGUGGAAUGAGAAAUAUAGCAUUAAACUAGGCAGGGAGUUCACCUGCACAUCUCCAGAAAUGAUAGAUGAGCUAUCGUUGAUAGAACUUCGGUGUUUUUUAUGGCUCUUAGAAGAGAACAGAGAGAAUUUUCCAUCUCUCCUUCAGUACUUAGAUGACUAUUUUGAUAACAUGGAUAAUCGGUAUACUGUAAUAAGGAAGGAAGAGAAUGCAACUGUCUCAAAUAAUACUAUCAAAGUUAAAAACAGAAACCGAAAGAAGACAAAGGAACCAAAGUCUAUUUUAGUCCUGUCUGGUGGAGUUGGUACAGUAACUCGAGAGGAAGACAAUAUAUUUUCAGAAGAAAGCACCUUUUUUAUGAAUCCACGUGACCCUUUCAGAAUCCCAGAUGGUCUUAAUGAGCAGGUGGCGAUAUUUGAAGCUUUGUAUAAUAAUUUUUCCUCCGGUAGCAGUUACCAGAGAAUUUUGGACAAUUACCCAGACCCAACAUGUGAAAGCUUAUAUGACUAUUUUUCUCAAAUCUUGGAAGAACAUGGCCCCAUGGAAAUUGAUAACCCACUGUUAGUUGGAGAGUAUGAACACUUUCCUGCGGAGACUCGCAAAAUAGUAGAGGAUGCUGGCGGUCUGAAAUCUUUCCUUCUGGAAUCUCUACGUUUUGUUAUGAUUGGCGACCUUAUUGGCUUGAUGAAACAUGCAGUGAUGCUGAAGGAAAAUGCAGAUGUCACUGGAGCUGAAGAAAGAACUAAAAAUGAAGAAAAUUACCCGGCAAGCCUUCAUAGUCAAGAAAACAACAAACCACGUUUAAACCCAGCUGCUAAGGAGUUCCAGCCCACCUCAUAUAUUAACAAUCCUUAUGUGUCACUAUCUACUGAUACUCCAGCCCAUGAUACUCUGGAAUAUAUGACUACCAGCCAUUCCUCUUUUAGUCCAUUCGUUCCCACAUACUCCCUUUCCACUCGGGCAACUGACAUGAUAGCAGCAUCGCUGCCUAUGUCAGAUGCCUCUUUGCCUUCAGCUAUACCCGAAAGCCACCCAAUAUUUCUGAAUGAGAUUCAGUCAGAGUAUCAGAAUGAGCGGAUAUUGGAAAUGAUUCCUGAAAUACCGGUUAUUUUGGAGGAAUCUAAUUAUAUAUACCCAGAUUACGAUGCUUGCCUUGAUAUUGAUCCAGAAGUGACAUCAAGCGAGGAUGGCAAAGAUAUUCUUGUGAGCUCUUGUGAAAAUAAUCCUGAUAACAUUGAGAAUAGUAGUAAUGAAGCUGGAUGUGACUCUGUUACUAAAAUGGAAACCAAUAAGAAGUCUGUAGCAAGAAACAAACCCCGUUCUAGGAUGAUUGCUAUUCAGGUAGAUCAAGAACUAGCCGACGAGGGAAUCAAUACUUUGCCUUUUCAUCCAUAUGAAACCCAACAAGGAGAUAUGUUACGUAUGGAAAAAGAACACCGGGUUCUACAAGAGCAACUUAAAGAAGCAGGUGAAAAAUAUGAGCAGCUUAAAUAUCGAAGCUCUGAAGAAAUCAGUGUAUUAGAGGCUAAGAUUUUACAACUUGUUCAAGAAAACAAGCUCACCAGAAAAGAGCUGGAUUGGUUCCAUCAAGAUGCAGAAAUAGAAAUGAAAAGAUGGCAACAGGAGAAGAAGGAAAAUCAAGAAGGAUUAAAAGUGGGAAAGAAUAAAAUAAGGAAGCUAACAGAAACCAAUGAAGGGUACAUGAAAAACAUUGAUGAGAAGGAUAAGCAGUACAAACUACAUUUGGAUGAAUUCAUUGAGAUCAGUAAUAAAUUUGAAAAUGAAAAAGUAAAAAGGGAAGAGCUUAUAAAGAAAAGACGGAAUGACCACCAGGAGUGUGUUGCACGAGCUAUCACAGCAGAGGUAUCUGUGCUUGAAAACUACAAGGACACCGAAUUAUAUAAAUUAGGCAAAAUAGCAACAGAUGCAGAAACUUACCUUAAGUAUCUGAAGUUCAUGACAAGCCACUCUUCAGUACCCCAGUUGAAGUUACAAAUUAAUUCUUGGGAGUCCUUUAUUUCUAAUACCAAAGAUGAAAUUAAGAAAGCAGAGAGGCAGUUUGAUGAGAGAAUUUACAUGGUGAAAAAUGGUGCCUUUCUAGAUAGUAUCUCCAAAGUGGAAAUUGCAGAGCUUCAGCCUCCGCGUGUCCUCUCAUCCGUAACACAUGAGAGGCCUCCUAUUAACGAUCCAGCCAUUGUAAUGUAUUCAGCUGCCGCUCCACACUUGCCCUCUAAUUUGUUUGCUACCUUUUCAAGUUCUGACGAUGAUAAUCCCCUGCACGCCAUACUUAACAAGCAUAUGGGAAAUAAAAUAUCCAAGAAAGAUUCUAAGUACUCUCUUGCAAAUAAAGGCUUGGAAGAAGUGUCCCCUGACUGCAGAGAUAUGUCACUUUCUGAUUACAUAUGCCUACCCCAGUCGCCAGGAAAAUCUAGAAGAUCUCUCCAGGACACCCAGCUGCAACACAGCAGCCAAGAAGAACCGGCAGCAGCUGCAGGGCUGGGCCAUGCUAAUGAUAUAAGUAGGCCAGCGCUGCCACAACUAUUUGAAGACGUCAUUGAUCAACUUGUAAUUAUAUUUCCUCAUCUUACAAGAUCAGAUAUCGGAAAUUUCAUAGAAGAAGUCCAAGUCAAGAAUAGAAACAAAUGGAGCACAGCUGAACUCCUAAACAGGGUAACAGAAUCUAUUUUGGAUAGUCCAAGCAAGAAAAAGGUUCUCCCUUCUUCAGGGAAAACCGAAGCGGCAUCUUCCACCACUUCCGGAGGGAGCAGAAACCAGACUCAAAAAUUACUGAAGGCGCCAGGACGAAGUGUGUCUAACCUCUCCAAGUCUAAACCUACUAAUGAGAAAACAAAGAAAACGACUCUCCCACCUCCGUCAAGUCACAUGCCUUGGAAAACUGUUGGAGAAACAUCAAAAUCAAAGUGGAAGAAAUCAAGUGAUGCCGCUGAUAAUGAUCCCUGUGUCAUAUGUCAUGAUGAACUAACUACUGAAAUGUUGCAUGUGCUAGACUGUGGACACAGAUUUCACAAAGUGUGUAUUGGUCCAUGGAUUAAGGAGCACAGCACAUGCCCAACCUGUCGUCGUCAUGUUUUGUUACCUGAAGAUUAUCCUGAGCUUCCUGGCCGAAACAGAACCACUUAGAUGCUACGUACAGAUUAGCAAUAUGUGAUUCACAUCAUACAGAAUCAUGAUGAUAAAGGUGUUUGGAGUCGUCAUCAAUUUAUAGAGUAUCGUAUGAUACAUACAAUAAACAAUUCCUCUGAAAUACUUUUAAGCAAAGUUUUGAAUUCUGCUAUUUUAUUCAAUUGUUUCUAUUGUAUUGGCAGUAGUAAUCUGGUUCAUAGGCAUAAGCAAUUAAUAUCUUGGUUGCAUUGCAACAAAACAGAAAGUUAACAGCCUUCAAAAAUUUCCUAACAAAUGUUUAUCCCCUUAACACAUUAAUAUAUAUAUUUAAGGAGGAAGUAAAUAUCAGAUUCUUGCUUCCGUAGAUCCAAAUGUUGUGACGCUAGUGAUUCAGGAGGCUGGUUAAGAGUGGGCAGUACUGUUCAGCAAAUUAAAAGCUUGGUACUGGUUCUAAGAGAGGUUUUUUUUAAUUUACAGUUGAGAGCAGUAGAACAGUCUGAAAAUUCCACGUGUAGGCUCAUAAGCACCUUGUUGGUUUUUUUUUUAAGUAUUCAGUGCUUUCAAAAACAAGUUAGUAAUCUGCCCUUCAAAAAUAAUUCUUGGCUAAUAUUUGGCUUCAAAGAUAAACUAAAAUUUGGAAUACUGAAUCCAAAGAACCAUGUUUGAAAGAUGCCUAGAUAUGCUUGUGCAAGAAAAAGCAGGCAAUCUUGUGUAACGUUUUGUGAGAGAGGCUGACCCUGUUCAUCUUCCUGCUUGUGAAAAUGAAAGAUCAGCUCUGAAUUUAGUUUAUUUUCUCAUACUACAUUCUAGCAUUUGCAAACCACCUGUGAGUAGAUUUCCUUAAAAUUUGCGUACCAAGUCCAUAAUAGUUUCCUUCAACGUGAGCAAAUAAACUAGCUUGUUCGGUUGUUGUAAGGAAUUAGCUUUAGAUUUUUUUAAAAAAAUAAAUAGCCACGCUUAUUUUAUAUUAGUAUAGCCUUAUUGUUUUUAAUUAGCCACAAAUAGCUUCAUGUGAAUAUCAAAGCUUUUUAAAUUAAGGUUGCGUAUUAAAGAUUUUAAAUUACAUCAGGAACUGUCUUUCCAUACUUCCAAAUUAAAUGUCUGGGUACAAAAUAUAAAACUCAACCGCGGAGAGAGAAAGCUCCUCAUGAAGCAGGAACACACCAUUUUCCUCUUCCCCCUCUUGGCAAAUCAACAUCAAAUGGUUGCAGAAAAGCAACUCUUGUCAAGGAAUGCAAACCCUUAGCCAUAGUUUUGGGUUAUUUAGAUUAAUAAUGGGCCAUCUUUGCUGAUAAUCAAAUAUUAAGACGCAUUUGUACUGACAAGAUGCUUGUAAGUUGAUUGCUGAAAAUGCCCUGCAAUUUAACAAAAAGGCUGUUCGGGAAUUCCAACCCUAAACCAUGGAUCUCUUUUGUGUCACUCCUUCCGAUUCAAAAUGUUGCAUUUAAAUGUUUGAUUCAUAAUUGAAGACCUUCUAUACGUUGCCUAGAUGCCGAGUAUUUGCUCAUUUUACCUGCAUUCAGAAUACAGUACUGAAAUAGCCGCGUACUUUCAAAGCAAAACUUUGUAAUCACAUUACAGCCUCUGAACCAAUAAAAAUGAACCAAAAAAACACUGUAGUUGUCUGACAAACCUCUUUUAAGAAAAUGGAUUUUCAUAACUCAAAUAAGUUUUGUCACCUUGUUUUGUAAUACUACACUUUCACUUGCAUAGGCUAGUGGUUCCUUGCUGCAUUCAGAUGUGCAACUAUUUGUUGUCUGCAUUGCAUAUAAUGGUUCUGGUUUUUUGCGUGGCCUGCAUUUCUUUGCUCCUUAUCAAAUAAUUUGAGACAGCUUCAAGGAAAUGGGAGUUGAAACUUUUCUUGCUUGGUGUCUGCAUCCCUGUCUUUGAGCACUAGGGGAGCUAAGCCCACCUGAGUCCAUUGAAACAUCUCUCAGAAAUGCAUUUCAGGGAAGACCAACAGCUCCUGCUUGCCACUUCUGAAGCCUGGGUUCGGUCCUGCCUUCACUUACGAGGAACUGGGGCACACACUUGGCCUGCGUCUCAUGCUCAGCUCUGUUCCUCUGCCUGCAGUUUGAUUGCCUUUUUUGCCCUUGGACAGAGUUCUAUCACAUAGCUUUUCUUCUUAAUGCCUCAGUAACUUAACUGCUUGUUUCAGAGUAGUGUUUUCCUUGGUGUGUACAUGGCCCUGUUUAAGUUGCCCUAUUCUCUACACAGCGUUACAGUCCCUUUCCAGAGUUCUUUUAAGGAAGACCCAUUUCUUGUUGCCCAUAUCAGUUUUUUCCCCCCUUCCUGUUUUUCAAUGUAUUGCUCAUUUCCACCUACACUUGCCUAAUAGCUGUAGUAAUGGGCAAAAUGACUGAGCAGGGCUAUCAUUACCACUUCUGGCAGGUCUGCUGCCAGCGGUACAGCUGUAAACAGUACCAGUGCCACUUUUAUUAGGCUCAAAGACAAAAAAAAAAAAAGAGUUGCUGUUGUUGUGAGACCUGACCAUAAUAUCACCUCCUGUAAAGGCUGAGCUAACAUGGUCUACAUGUAAUGUAUGUAAAAUGUAGGCUAAAGGUAAAGGGUCCCCUGACCGUUAGGUCCAGUCGCGGACGUCUCUUGGAUUGCGGCGGUCAUCUCACUUUACUGGCCGAGGGAGCCGGCAUACAGCUUCUGGGUCAUGUGGCCAGCAUGACUAAACCGCUCCUGGUGAACCAGAACAGCGCACGGAAACGCCGUUGACCUUCCCGCCGGAGUGGUACCUAUUUAUCUACUUGCACUGGCAUGCUUUCGAACUGCAGGAGCAAGGAGCAACGGGAGCUCACCCCAUCACGGGGAUUCGAACGGCUGAACUUCUGAUCGGCAAGACCACAGCGCCACCUGCAUCCCUAAAAGGUAGGCUAAUUGUAUAUAAAAGUAAAUGGGCACAUACCAGCACUUCUCCGCACGUUUUCCCUGUAGAUUUAAAAAAAAGAUGAUAGAAACCACUUCC